AUGUCGUCGCAGACCAUGACUGCGCCAGCCGUGGGCCAUCGACCGCCUGACCCAGGCUCCGAUAGCCCGCUGUAUGACUAUGGCUGCUCACCGAACACCACACCCCCUUCCAACCCUCGAGACGACUCCGCAAUUCGCGCCAUGCAGAAUAAUUCUGCCCCGUCAACUCCCAACAUGCCCGCCCCGGACGUCGCAAUUAAGACUGAACGCUCAGAUAGCAACGGAUUUCCUGCGCAAAAUCAACAAGAUGCAACUACACAGAGCGCCGCGAGUGCGCUCCUAGCACAACUACUUGGCAACCAACCUGCGACAAACUCUACUCCGACUACAAUACAACCUGCACAGGACGAGGACCAGGAUAGUCAUAUGGAUAUUAAGAUGGACGACUCGAUCUCACAGUCUUUUGACAUGUCCGCUCAAAACCCCGCGCCCAUCGACCCGAGCUUACACCAGGACACCGCCUCCAUAUCUCGCGAGAUUCAGGACUUACUCAAUGGGAAAGCUAUAGGUGACGGACUCAUGGGAACAAAUUCUGCACACCACAAUAUGAGCCAUACAUUCAGUUCGUCCGAUGCCAUGAAUACCUUGUCCGACCCCAUGAACCCGAAAUUGAACAACGACCAGCCCUCGCUCCUUCCGCCCUUGGACUUUUCUGCGGCCCCGAAAAAUGCAUUUGAAGCUCUCCAGCAAAACGAGCUGCUCACAGCCGCCUUCCUGUCGCAAAAUGCCGAUCUGUCAGCCCUGGGAUAUCAAGACAUGGCAGCCUCAAUUGCUGGAUCAGAACCUAAGAUCCAAGCAUUUGCCAAGUUGGAGUUUGAUGAUGGGCAUUUCUAUGUCAAUACCUACUCAUUCAUCCUAGGACGAGACGUGCGCGCCGCCCGUGCCGCCCAUCACCGAGAGUUCCAGUACCGGCAGGCCGUGCGCAGCACUCGGGCGAAGAGUUCAAGUGGAGGAAACACAUCUCAUACCCCCAACCGCAUGAAGCGGGAGGAAAGUGCUGCUAUGAUGGGCAGUGUUGUCAGUGAUCGGGGAGGUAUUAUGGGCUUUGAUCCAGAUGUUCCUCCGCAUCUUCCAAACAAUAUGAACAUGAGCCGACGAUCUUCAAAAUCUUCUUUUGAUGAUGCUGUUGUGCCAUUGCAUGCAAACCCGGCUCAGCUACAGUCAACUACCGACUACAAUGCGCUUGCAAUGCAGUCUUUGCAAGAUGGUAACGGAGACGCAAAGCCCGUUGAUGCGCUAGCUUUGCUUCCAUCCCCUGAUUCUUGUCCCACCAUUCCAAUCCACCCCCCAACGACUGUUGACGGCAGUGCCGCAGGCCAUCGAGGGAUUUCUCGAAGGCAUGUCAGAAUUUCAUACAACUUUGAUCGUAAUUUGUUUGAAAUGGAAGUAAUGGGACGCAAUGGAGCGUUCAUUGGGGCUGAUUGGCUAUCACCGGGACAGGUUCGCCCGUUACACAGCGGCGAUUACAUCCAGAUUGGAGGCGUGCGCAUCCGCUUUUUGCUACCAGAUGUUCCCAUCGGCGAAACUGGAGCCGACCGGAUGGAAGAAAAGAUGGCAGAAAAACGUGAGGAGGAAGAAGAGAAAGAUGCCCGUGCUUCGAUCGAGAUGGAUGACGAUGUUGAUGAAUCCGAGAGACUGGGAAGCGACAGCGGCGAGAGCAGGGAACCUUCAAAGAAGAUCAUCCUCAAGACAAAGGAUUCUAAAUCGUCUCAGACAGUGGAUUCUAUUGAGACUGGGGAUAACGAUUCGCAGCCGGCCCGUCGCCGGGGACCAGGACGCCCUCCUAAAGAUGGAAUCAUGUCCAAGCGCGAGCGAGCUGAGCUUGCUCGGGAGCAGAAAAAUGCAGCGAAACGUGAGGCCAACGGAGGUAUCACACCACCUCCACCCAAAGUACCCAAGGCCGGGAAGACAGUUGCCAAAGAAUCUGUCGUCCCCGAGUCGCCAAAGCCAUCCGAGAAGCGGAAGUACACCAAGAGAAAGAAGCCAGACGGAACACCAAUGGAUUCUCCACUUCCCUCAACAGAAGGCGGCCAGAUGUCUGCAGAGCCCCCCCAGGAAUAUGUCAAACCUCCACCGGUCAAAAAGCGCAAACCAUCACGGUCACCAUCUCCCAACUAUCCUCCGGAGUCUGCGUACAAUGCCGAGGAUCUGGCAAAACCUCCGUACAACUACGCCGUUCUCAUCUUUGAUGCUCUGACGGAAGCCGGCACGCCAAUGACGUUGAAGCAGAUCUACCGUGCCCUAAAAUUGAAGUAUCCGUACUUCCGCUUCAAGUGUGAGACUGAGGGUUGGACAUCCAGUGUACGGCACAACCUGAAUGGAAACGGUCAUUUGUUCAUGCACGCAGAGCGAGAUGGUAAGGGUUGGUCAUGGCAGCUUAUUCCCGGCGCGUCGGUCGAGAAGGAAAAGAAACGACGCCCUUCGCCGCCGCCGCAGGUGUCUCACCCUCCUGCGCCUGCUCCCCAGCAGUACAUGCCUAUGUCCCACUCUUAUGCACCACCCCCUCAGGGCCCACCGCCGGUGCCAAAUCCGCCGCAGCAUUUCCAAUUCCCUUCCAUACCACCCGCUCCGUUCCCGGCGUCUGUUAAUGUGGGAGGACCACCACAUUCCAGUCCUUAUCCACCUCCAUCGAAGGCCCCUGCUCCUGCACCUACCGCUCCUCCUCCUGCUCCCCCGGUUCAGGCUUCUGCUCCUGCUCCGGCCCCGCCUCAAGCUGCAACACCGGUGCCGGCACCCGCACCGGCACCUCCGCCAGUGCCUACACCUGCUCCUGUCUCUGCUCCUAUCCCGUCACCGGCGCCAACACCUACUCCGGCUCCUAUGCCCGCCUCUGCACCCGCACCUACGCAGGCACCCACGCCUGUGCAGGCGACGCAGCCACCGGUGUCGGCACCCGUGUCGGUACCAGCACCAACACCAGUACCGCCUAUCAAUCCUGCUGCAUCCUUCCCCAUCCCCAGUCAGCUCCGCAACAACCUCCCAGCUGCAUUCGCGGCGACUAUCCCUUCAACAUACACUUCGCCCUACGCAUCCGCCCCUGCCCCGCCAAGCGGUCAGCAGCAACAGUUGCAGACGCCACGGCCUCCCCAGGGGCCACCUCAGCAUCAUUCUCCUUACCCACAACAAAAGCCGCCAUCAUCUCAACCUCCUCACAACAACCCGCAGCCUCGGGCCUACCCCCCACCUGGUGGAGCACAGUUCCAACACCAGCAUCAGCAUCAGCAGCAUCAGCCACCGGUCCAACCCCAGUCGCAGCCACUGUCGCAUCCCCCUCAGCAGCAACACCCGCUAUCUCACCACCAACACCAGCCGCAGCAUCAGCACCAACAGCACCAGCAGCACCAGCAGCACCAGCAGCACCAGCAGCACCAGCAGCACCAGCAGCAUCCGCACCAGCAGCAACACCCGCACCAACAUCAUCCGCCUCCCGGCCUCCCGGCCCACUCUCACCACCAACAACAGCAACACCCUGUUCAGCAAAACUCUGUACCAGGGCCAUCAGAGUCAUCCUCGUUCACUGAGCGAGCAAAUAAGGCAAUCGAUGACUUUGAAGCUGUUCUCAUGGAAGACUACGAGGACAAGAACUACAUCCGGGAGGUUCUUCGGAGUGCGCGCGCACGCGUGUUGGGCGAUGCAACAGAAAGCUCCUUCCCAGGCGGCGAACCAAAAGACGAAGCCGUCAUCAUGGACGUGCUACGCAAUCUGGUCGGAAGCUUGAAAGAAGAGUGA